AUGGCGGACAAUCAGGAAUUCCCAGCUAGCAACCUCACCUGGCGGAUUCUCAGGCAUGCACAGCAACAUAACUACGCUGUAGGAGCCUACAAUUGCUACAACACAGAUGGCGUCAUGGCUGUAAUUCGCGCGGCCGAGCGCAAGCGCUCUGCCGCCAUCAUCCAACUUUUCCCUUGGACAAUGCAUUUUCAGGGGCUAGAUUUUAUCCGCUAUGUGGUUCACGCCGCUCAUGGCGCUACUGUGCCGAUAGCGGUGCAUCUGGAUCACUGUAUCAAGCCUGAUGAUGUUGAAUUGGCCCUAACCCUUCCAUUUGACUCCAUCAUGGUGGAUGCGUCGACUCUUGACGAGGAGGCGAAUAUCGAGUACUGUAAAGAAAUUGUGGCCAAGGCGCGUGCGGUCAAUAUCACUAUUGAGGCGGAGAUGGGCCGUAUCGAGGGUGGCGAGGACGGCUUGCCCACGGUGGACAUGGAUGCUGUUCUGACGCGGCCCGAAGAAGCUGAAGAUUUCGUACGAAGAACCGGAGUCCACUACCUUGCUCCAUCAUUUGGAAAUAUACACGGGGGUUACCCCGAAGGCGGGGCAGAGAAAUCAUGGGACCUUCCUCGACUUGCAUCCAUUGGGAAAUUAAUUGCUAGCCAAACCCCCAUCGCCCUUCACGGAACGCACCCCGUCUCAGACGAACUUUUUCAACGUACCAUCCCAUAUGGAGUUCGGAAGAUCAAUCUCAACCGUACUGUCAGGGAUGACUACACUCGGUUCAUUGCCGAGAAUGCCGGGUCUAUGGAAUUAACCGUUCUUUCCAUGCAGGGCGUGGAGGUGUAUGCGCAGUCGGUGGAGCGCAUGAUGGAUGUACUUGGGUCGUCGGGGAGGUACUAG